GUUUACAAUCGGAAGGGACAGUAAUAUAAAAUAUAAAGUAUACAUGUCAUCCCUUUAGUCAUAAAAGAUGCAUGUAACGGUAAAAUAGCCAUUCAGAAGCGGUUUAUUGUAGUGGCCGGGUAGAAUUUGACAUUCGCCGUACUUGAUUUGUUGGUGCAUACAGAAGCAUAUCCAAAGCUGUUGGAUUCAGCCCUCUGUUAAUUAUGUGUGAAUUUUAUACUGUUUUUUUUUCCGUAUGGACCUUAUAAUACAUUCUAUUAUAAGGUCCAUAUUUUUUAAAAGACCCAUAGAAUGUUCUUGAAGAAAGAUUUGCUCUCUAUACACCGAAAUGAGCACCAUGUCAUCGAAUGUGAAGAUAACUGAUUUACCAUGGGAACAUAUAAUAUGCCGAAAAAUUUUUCCAUGUCUGAGAAUUAGCACACUAUUUGGUUUGCGUUGUGUAAGCAGAGAAUUAAAAGCAUUAGUUCAACUCUACUUUAACACUCUGUUUUCCUUAAACAUCUCCCGGUGUUCUGGGAAAAUGACAGCUGUGGCUUUUGAGAUAAUGACUUGCAAUAAUUAUUGUAUAAAAGUAUUGAACUUAAGUAACUCUCGAGAUUUUUUGUCGAAUGAUGGGCUAGUCCCAGUGUUGAGGAGAAAUCCCCUUUUAUCUGUGAUAAACUUUGCUUCGUGUUCGGGUCUCAGUAAUGUAAGUCUGCAGUCGUUGGCAUCUGAGUGUCCAAGCCUAAAAACUUUGAUAUUACGAGAUUGUCAUUGGGUGAACGACGAUGGUUUGUUGAGUGUUGCUUUACGGUGUGAUCAACUAGUUACUUUAGAUUUGACCGGAUGUUGGAACUUAGGUAAUAAUACAUUAAAAAUUGUCAUUGGGAAACUUGAAAAUCUUGAGGUUUUAUCUCUAGCUAAGAUAUAUGGUGUAACCAAUGAUACAGUUAACAUACUAGCACAGACCUGUAAACGAUUAAGACAUUUAAAUAUACAUGGUUGCUGGAGAGUCACUAAUGAUGCUAUUUGGUUGUUAGGAGAAUAUUGUUCAUCUUUAAAAUUACUUCAAGUCAAAGACUGUCGUGAUAUCAACGAAAUAAGCUUAAGUAAAUUGAGGGCGAAGAAAGUGAGAAUAGAUGUGGCUCCACCUGUUAGUGCUCCGAACUUGGCAAAACUAUCCAGAUUGUCAUUAAACUUACAGACAUAAUCAAAACAUAAACACUACGAUGUUAACUGUCUUUUUCUCUCCCACAGCCCCGACCCCUUACAACCUUACAAAACGAGUCAGUCUUCUGAAUUUGAGUGCUCAAACUAUAGACCGACUCGAUUUGUCUCCUGUGCAGAAACAUCUCUACAGCGCACUCAAUUUGGACUCUUCUGUCCUCAGAAGAUAUCCCAUCUCGUCCAGUCCAACCUGGAAGAAACAGUAGACAAAAUGGUGGAAUACAACAACUGUAGAUAAAAUUGGUGUAUUUGAUGCUAAAAAGCACAUAAGAUGGACGAGAAAACUUUUCGGUACAUAUAGCCAAUGAUUACUAUAUCCACUUUAUGGCAAGUUCACACCAAUCUAAUUAAAAUUGAUUCUGCUAUCUUAACUCAAAGUCACAAAAAGAGACCUUCCGUAAAAACAACUUUGCCAAUUAUUGAAAACACUCAUAAUCCCCUCAGACGCCAGUGACGUCACAGUGACGUUUAUUCCUUAAUUACCUAUAUACAGCCGGUGUGUUUAUUCAUUAACACCUGACUGAUUCCUUAAUCCCCUAAUUAAAUAAAACAAUUGACUGGAGAUGUGUAUAGACAGUGAUAUAUUGUAUAGAUAACUAUGUGUAGUCCCUGUGACGUCGGGGGGUUGGAUGGCUGAAUGGUUAGCGCGCGCUGUAUCAUAAAGUCUGUCAUUGAGUCGACUGGUGUGACAAGGAGUAGGGUCGCCUGUCCAACCUCGUGGGUUUUCUCCGGGUCUUCCGGUUUUCUCCCACUGCUAAAGACCCCUACGCGCAAGCGAAUUAUUGAAAUAAAAUUAAACCAUUUGUUAGUCCCGAAAUGACCUAGUUUCUGUCGAGUGGACGUUAAACCCCAUUUCUCUCUCUCUACCCUGUGACGUCACCAGCCAAUCAACCUGAUUAAGGGUGUAAUUGAAACAUUGAAAAGCAUUUUUGGGUAUCCAAUACUUAAACAUUAAUAUGUCGAAUAAUUUUAACCGGAUUGAUGUGAACUUGCCGUAAUGUGUAUAUAGUUACCACUGGCUAUAAGUACAUAAAAUCUAGUUUUAUCAUCUUAUGUGGUCUUUAAUGGUAAAUAAACUGAUCUUAUCAGCCAUAUAUAUUUCUGCUGUUCACUCGAUUUCCAUGUCUGAAAUAGUCUUCCGGAAGAGCUUCUACUGCAAAUCGAAUCGUCCUUUGGUGCAGAUAUUUAUUAUGUCAAUGUCUUGAUUGCCUUUGAUGAUGUAGAGCCAAUCUGAUUAAAACACAGAGCUUCAGCCGUGUUUUGCCUGGAACUGUGGGUAAUCCACUAGUAACAUCAAUGCUGAUUGGUUAAUCAAAUGUCUGACGUCAUAGGGUCAAAAGCCGCUCGUAUGACCUCUGACACGACCUAUCGCUACAACUUGUCAGAUCUUCAUGUAAUGUAGGACAUCGAAAGUAUAAAAAAACAAAACGAAAUAUAGAUCUAUAUUUUAAUCAGAUUGAUGUAGAGCAUAAUGUGCAAGUAAUUAAUAUGUCAUGUAUCUAUUUUGGGAUUGAGUAGCAGGAGGACAUCAGCUUAUUGGUUUGUUAAUUAGUUUGUGGUGUAGUGUAGGCUACCUUGUACUACGUAUAUGUUGCCUUGAAUCUGCAAUGUUGGAAUUGACAUUGUGUUCUUCCAUGGACAGACUUCUAGUGUAAAAUAACUACCAAAGCCAUUUUGAUAUGUUAAUUUGGAAGUAAACAGUAUAAAAAUACAGAAUGUACUAGAAACCUAUACAAUAUUCACACAAGGCUAAAUCUAUUUGUUAAGGCCAGCUCAAUUUUUUUCAAGGUCAUUGAGAUGUAAAUAUAAGGUUAGAGAACGUGAUUGUUGGCAAGAUUGCAGGUUAGGGUAAGCAUUGGGGCUAGGUCUAGGGUUAGGGUUGGCAAUUGGCAUUAGCGCUAGCCCUGUUUACUACUCGUGACCUAUGGCGAAAAAAUGAGCUGGCCUUAUCAUUUAGCACUAACCAUGAUUCAACCUGUUUAUUGACCUAUAAAAUAAGAUUAGGAUAUUGAUAAAGCUGUGAGCAGUAAAUACUUAUUGCGUUGGCUUUCCUUCAGCGUAAAGCUCUGAAUUAAACUUAUUUCAAGCAAAUCAAAAGUAGUAAAGAGAUUUGUCUACGAUAUCACCCAUGGUGGAAGUGGACGUAAAACUAUAGGAAAGAAUAAGAAGUAGUAAAGAGAAUUAACCACAUUUCAUCAGUUUCUGAUCAGUAAGUUUAGUAAUUUAUCCUAAAGUUAGCCUCAUUUGUCAUAAUUAUCCAGUUGUAAAUUUUAAUGGGAAAUAUCCUUUCCUUUUUCGUGAUAAUUAUCCAGUUGUACAUUUUAAUAGGAAAUAUCCUUUCCUACUUUAUGCAUAAGUGUUUACAAUUCGACCCAUUUGUGAUAUGACUUUGAAUUCAAUUAGGCCUAAAAAUACCAGAAUUUAUCAAAGAAAGCAAAAAUUAUACAGAAUCAUGGGAGAUAACAAAUAAAUUCUCAAAGGCCUACUUGUCUUUCUAUAAGUCAUUAAUAUUACUUGUCUACGUCGUAGACUCUAUGAUAUCACCUUAGGUGGAAGUGGACGUAAAACUAGAAACGAGCGAACGAACGAUUAAUAUUAUUAGCAUAUUUUAUUAUAUAAAUAUAUAUAUUUUGUAGGGAUUAAUUUAUGUACUUAUCUAUAUAAUGAAUAAAUUGUUGUCAUUACUAUC